CGAAGAACGUCUUCGACUUGACGAACGUGUUCGACUCGACGAUCGUAUCCGACUCAACGAUUGUGUCCGACUCGCCGAACGUGUUCGACUCGACGAUCAUGUUCGACUCGACGGUAGUGUUCGACUCGACGAUCGUGUCCGACUCGACGAACGUGUUCGACUCAACGAACGCAAUCGACGAUCGUGUUCGACUCGACUAUCGUGUUCGACUUGACGGUCGUGUUCGACUCGACGAUCGUGUCCGACUCGACGAUCGUGUUCGACUCGACGAUCGUGUUCGACUCGACCACCAUGUCCGUCUCGCCGAUCGUUGUCCGACUCGACGUGUUCGACUCGCCUAUCGUGUUCGACUCGACGAAUGCAAUCGACGAUCGUGUUCGACUCGACGAACGCAAUCGACGAUCGUGUUCGACUCGACGAUCAUGUUCGACUCAACGAUCGGGCAGUGUCGUGUUCGACUCGACUAUCGUGUUCGAAUCGACGAUCGGGCAGUGUCGUGUUCGACUCGACGAUCGGGCAGUGUCGUGUUCGGCUCGACUAUCGUGUUCGACUCGACGAUCGGGCAGUAUCGUGUUCGACUUGACGAUCGUGUUCGGGUCGACUAUCGUGUUCGACUCGACGAGCGUGUUCGACUCAACUGUCGUGUUCGACUCGACAAUCGGACAUCGGGCACGAUCGCAUUCGUGUCGGGCACUGUCGUGUUCGACUCGACGAUCGGGCACGAUCGUGUUCGACACGACGAUCGGAGACGAUCGUAUUGGACUCGACGAUCAGGCGCGAUCGUGUUCAACUCGACGAUGGGGCACCAUCGUGUUCGACUCGACGACCAAAAGUGCCACUCGGCCGAGAUCGUUUUCCCCCCUUGGCCGGAGCGGAGGCGCGGGGAUGACGUUCCGCUGCAGAGCAGAAAUGCGAUUCACGCACAUGAGUUCCCUCGACAUUGUGUCAUCGUUCACGUUCUCGGAGAAUCACCGCAGCCGUCCACCAACGUCGAUACGACAACUGCUCCGCUCUCCAGACACGUCUCAUACAUGGCUUGUGGUAUGCAUGCUAUGCCACGGCAGGCUUGCAGCACAACCUUGGAAAGCAUGGACUGUGUGGCGUCUAAUACAAUGCUCAACGAGGAUUUUCCUCCACCGCACCUGCCAAUGUGUUCACAAGAUGUUCGAAGUGGUCACGAUCAUGUCGAUAAUGCUCCGGAAUCUCCUGCUCGUAAGAGGUCACGAAAUAUUGCGUGUGCGGACACUACAUGUAAAAGUGCGUUUCCCGUCCUUCGAUGCCCGGUUCGAACCUGUGAUGCAGAGAGAGCUCAAGGUCAGGAGGGUAAGGCCUCCUCUACUGACAACGACGCAUCCGAUGUAGAUCGUGUUGUAUGGGUGCCAAGGAGUUCACUUCGAGAUUUCGAGUACACAGGUCUUCUGUUUGGUGAGGGUAAUGAAGGUGGUUCAGAUUCAAGUGCUUCGAUGUCGUCUAGUGCUUAUAGUUCUCCAGAUAAAACCGAUCUUCUGCAAACAUACGCUGGCCGGAACAGUGACCACUGUUGUCGAAAUGACGAUGAGAAUUGUGAAUCAAGAGUGGUGUUGAGAUUGCCUGCUUGCUAUAAUAAGGUUGAUAUUUAUAAGGGUGGGCUUAAGCAGAGCUCCAAAAGGAGGUACAAGCGCGUAACUGAGAAGAGUCACCCCGUUCCUGUCCUCAUAACUGUGGAAGAAGAGUUCAACUAUGAGCAGGAACGUGAACUGAUACGGCAAAUGAAGGAGGAUGCAGAACAUGGGUCGUGCCGUAUCAAUGAGAGGACCGAGAGGGACCUGAUAAUAGGAGAGUCAGGAUUCCUCACGCCACAAGAAAAGGUCCUUAUGGUAGGGGUAAUGAAGGAGCGGCAUCGCGCAUAUGCGUUUGACGAUGAUGAGCGUGGGCGCCUCGAUGUGGAUAAAGUUCCAAUGAUUCGGAUCCACACUGUGCCUCAUGUACCAUGGAACUUGCGAGGGUCACGCUAUCCUAAUCCGGCAGAGGAACGGAGAGUAGUCGACUACUUGGAUGACAAGAUUCAUUCUCAUGUAGCCGACUACUCAAGUGGGCCUUACGCAUCGCCAUGGUUUUGCUUUAUGAAGCCGAACGGUACCCUGAGUGAAAUUCGUAGCUUCUUGGGGACAUGUGGCUUUUGGCGAGUUUUCAUCAAGAACUUCGCUGAGAAGACAGAGCAGUUGAGGAAGUUUGUCAGGAAGGAUCAAGAAUGGGAUUGGGAUGAGAAGCAGGAAGGAGUUGAAAGUAGUUUAAAAGGGGAGUUCAAAGAAGGUGGUCUGGUGUUGGGAGUUCCUGACUUCAAAGCAACGCCAAAACAUCCUUUCAUCGUAGAGACUGAUGCAGGGCCUACAACGCUGAGCGGCAUUCUGAUCCAAACUGAUGUAAAUGGCGAGGAGAGGCCAUUGAGAUUCGAGAGUCGAACCUUGAAUGACACUGAGAGAAACUAUUCACAGUUCAAGCGGGAGACACUUGCAGUUCUCCACUGUCUAAGGGUGUUCCGCAACUACCUUUUCGGAAGGAGGUUUGUGCUGAGAGUGGAUCCGACCGCAUUGGCCGGCUCUUUGAAGAACUAUGCACCGUCAGACCCAACCAUUGCCAGGUGGCUCACGUAUGUAUGGAUGUUUGACUUUGAGCUGGAACGCAUACCUGGGAAUAAGAAUCGGGUUGACGGGCUUAGUCGGAUCAAUUGGGAUAAGUCUGUCGAUGGAGCUAAUGAGGAUAUACCUCCGGUAGAUGCAUUCCUCGAUGAAGAGGAAGAUGUGAAGCUCCACAUCAAUGCGCAUGCCGUUGGGGUCAGUGGAGUCAUUGUGCAAGGGCAGUCUGCUUUUCUUGCUCCUGCAGGGUACGUAAAGCGAGCAGAUAUAGUCCUGAAGGACUUCGUGGAGGAUGAUCCUUGGGGAGGAAAGGAGGUUGAGUGGAUGACAAAGCUUGCAUUGAUUGAGACCUUCCAGUUAGGAGAAGAUCGAUUGGUCAUUGAGAGUGGAGCCUACUCACUCGACAUGCACGCGAACUAUGAGGAGCGUGUGGCUCAGAUCGUGAGAGGGUCAUUGGAUUGGAGGCAGUUCGCUAGGCGGAUGCUGAGAUUGCAGCCUCAGCCCAUUGAUCGGCAGGGUAGGCCCAUGCGGUUUGACGGGGCUAACCUGGAUGAGUUCCUUGAGGUUUUCGUCAUUUUUUGGGAUGGGCAGAGAUGGAUUGAGGCACAGAGGGUUAGGCAGGUACGGCACUGGGUUGUCCCGGAUCUUAGACAUGAGGUGAGUGCCAUGUCACACACAGUGCAGGCUUGGGCGGAGCUUAUAGCGACGCUUAGAGGGGCGUUCACAGCUGACAGACGACGCAGGCUGCGCAGAGAGGGUGGGGAUUAUAUCCCGGAGCUCAGGGUACGCGCGCGAGCGCAGCCAGAGAGGGAUGAGGAUGAUGAGGGGCGAUUGCGACAGCAACAGAGAGAAAGUGAGCAGCCAAAGAUUCCACGCAGGCCUAGGACAGGCAGGCGUAGAGGACGUCAGGAUCGAGGGGAUGAUUUGGAGGAGAGGGAUCAUGUGCUGAUUAGUGAUGUUGGGAAGGUGCUCCCCACGGAUGAUUUGGGGGAGGAAACCUUAUCGAUAGGAUCUCAAAGGCAGGACGAUUCAUCUACCCCUGAGGUUGGGACAGUGUCAGCGCCAGAGACGUGUCCGGCUGAGAUAGGGAUUAGAGACCGUGGUGCGUCUGAGACAGAUCGGACUACUCCACCUACACCCAUACGAGAUGGGGAGAAGGCUUCCCUGCAGCUUGUGUUGACGAUUGCUUCGAUGCGACAGGAGGUAUCCCAACCCUCGCCCAUGGACAUGGAGACAGAGCGAGUUGAGGCCGAGGUUUUGGGGCUAGAUAGAGAGGGUCUCAAGGAGGACAUGCAGACCAAGCGAGUGGAGACGUCACCACUAGACUUUGGGGAUACUCCACGACGAGAUGGUGAUCAGAUUGCGGCCAGUAUGAGGGGUCACAUUGAGGUCGGCGCGAAGCAUACCCAGGAUGCAUCUCCGACUCAUGAGGAGGAGAGCUUGCCAGAGUGUCGGGGACCGAUAUAUCAUGAGCCUGUCAUGAGGGAUGCAUGGCUAGCCGAGGAGAUGGGACGGAUGCCAUCAUUACAUUUUCCAGGCUGGCUGGCUUUUGAGCGACUUGGCCUGGCCGCGAGACCACACUUGUCAGUUGAUCAGACCACUGGCGGGCUCAGAGUACUGUAUGACGACUUAGCCUUGCAGAGGAACUAUAUUGGUAGUGGCCUCGUAGCAGCUCGACAGGCGAUAGAGCAGGUUCGAGAUUACACGAGGAGAGUUGUCAUCCGAUCCUUUGAGUUGAGUUGCGACAGACAGAUGGAGCACGGUGCACUGAGAGAGGUGGUGAGUGAUCUCCGUACAUUUGUUGAGGGGAAGGAGGUCCUGACUCUAGAGGAGGCCGAGGCGGUCCUCAGGAUUCAGGAGAGAGAGGCGAGUGAUUGGCGAGCCCAGGUUCAAAGGGUGCUCAGGGAGUAUGAGCCACCUGCUGACGCAACAAAUAGAGAUAGGCUCGAGCGCAGGGUUGUCCUUGAGACCGUGCGAUCAUCUCAGUUGGAGAGCCAGGAGGAGGUCAAGAUGAGGAGAUGGACAGGAGAGGAGCCUAUGCCUGAGGGCGAGCGUACGCAGGCGGAGGAGGGGCUUCAGACGAGAUUGUUGUCUGAUGCCUCAGUGCGAGAGUUGGUGGGAGUGAUGGAGCAUGUCAAUAGACUCACACAUACCGAGGAUGCACGAGGAGAGGUGCUUCAGGGUGCAGUACAGAGGAUCGGUGCUCUGGAGCGGAAGAACAGAGGACUGAGGGACACGGUACGUGGUCUUGUCACCAGCGCCGAGCGGGCAAGACAGUCCACCUCGAGGCUCGAGCAGAGGAUUACUGACCUAGAGGAGAGUCGGAGGCGUCAGGCCACGACAGAGGUGGUCGACGAGAGGAGGACUGAGGAGCAGCAGAUUCCUGUCAGACAAGCAUACGUCUCUCAUGAGGUAGAGCCAGGUGGAGUGAGGUUAGACAUCCCUCAGCGAGAUUCACGGACAGAGGAGCCACUUGGGGCUAUGGGGAUGACAUGUGAGGAGGCAGCAGUCGUCGACAAGCUCAUGCUUGAGCCAAACGAGAUCGAAAGGAGGAGAGAGGCAGAGGCACGAGGUUUGGACUGGGUUCCUCCCUCAGAGUUGGCGGUUCAGAGGGAUGCAUGGCGAGGAUUGGGUGGAAGACAUAACGAGCGAAAAAGAGUUUCAGAGCUACGGGAUAUCAUGCCACAGGAGGACACGAGCGGGUCAGCAACAGUACUGCCAACGACUCUGCCGCUUACACCAGCUCCAGUUUUUGGGUCAAUGGACGACAUAAUGCACCUCCUUUCUUCAGGGUCUGGGAGAUGUGACGAGGAGGUGACGACUGAGGGAGCCUCGAGGAUGUUGAGUCCUGACACGGUGGAUAGGGCCGUACACGAUGUGACAAUCCGACUCGAGAGGGCACAACCUCGGAUCCUACCCAAGCCUAAAAAGGCGAAGGUAGAGGGCAGCGGCACCGGCGGCGUAUGCUCGUGGUAUGACAGGGGAGUGCAUGACAGAGUUGCUUGCCCCGCCUUCCAGAUUGACCUCAGGAGUCGAGUCCUGCAGUUCGAUGGACAGGGGAUAGUUAGGGAUAUGCGUGGCGCUCGUCUUCCGACAAGACGUCACGGUGUUAGGAGAGUUGUGUAUGACAGGUUAGGCCUGGAGUUGAGGGAGGAUGAGUGACAGAUUACAUGUCCACGAGGCG